UAUCCCGAGAGCACUUGUAGAGAACAGCGAUUGGCUGAUUACUUGAACGGCAGCACUCCCAGCCAAUCAUCAUCGUCCUUAGAUGGAACAUUCGCCAAUCCACACUGUAGCUGGCCUCAACCGGAAGUAAGAGGUAAAAGAUGGCGGCCCCUAUGAACGAGUUUAGGAAACACCGCGCAAUUUGUUUAAGUUUUAUCAGUUUAUCGCGGCAUUUUCUGAACAACAUCAAAGUGUAUUUUCUUCUAGCUUUCCUCCUCGCACAGAUAGACCGAUGUUCCGGAAAUGACGACUUUCAGAGGGAGGAAUUCCUUAAGAGGGAGUAUUCGCUGACCAAGCCGUAUCAAGGUCUGGGCUCGGCAAGUUCCUCACACUGGGAUUUAAUGGGCAACACCAUGAUCACACCCGAGUACGUCCGGCUGACUCCAGACCUGCAGAGCAGACAGGGUGCCGUGUGGAGCCGCAUUCCAUUUUACAUCCGAGACUGGGAGCUCCAGGUGCACUUUAAGAUCCAUGGCCAGGGCAAGAAGAACCUGAACGGUGAUGGACUGGCGUUGUGGCUGACCAGAGAACGCAUGCAAAUAGGCCCCGUGUUUGGGAACAUGAAUCAUUUCACCGGCCUGGGGAUUUUUAUCGACACGUAUCCCAACCAUGAAAAUCAGCACGAGAGGUUAUUUCCGUUUAUUUCGGCGAUGGUGGGAAACGGGACCGUGGCGUACGACCACGAUCAGGACGGAAGGAACGCAGAUCUGGGCGGCUGCCAGGCCGCCGUGCGUAACGUCGACUACGAGACGUUCGUCCUAGUCAGAUACAUGAAGAACACGCUGACGGUGAUGAUGGACAUAGAAGGGAAGCAGGAGUGGAAGGAGUGCGUGGAGAUCCCAGGGGUCCACCUUCCUCAAGGAUAUUACUUCGGUGCCUCAUCGCUUACUGGAGAUCUGUCAGAUAACCACGACCUGAUCUCCGUCAAGCUGUUUGAGCUGACAGUGGAGAGAACUCCUGAGGAGCUGGAGAACGAGCAGGAGGUGACGAUACCCAGCGUGGACUACCGAGAGAUUCCCGUAGAGGUGGUUGAUGAAGGCAUGAGCGUGCUCACUCGCCUCUUCCUGUUCGUGUUCUCUGUGGUCGGCCUCGUAGUGUUCAUCGUGGCGUUUCUGUUCAUCUACGCGCGCUGGAAGGAGCGCAGUCGCAAGCGCUUCUACUGAGAGAAACGGAGAGCGUUUUUGCGCUCUGGAGUUUACUCUCAUUGCCGCAUCUAACUGACGUUACCUCUGACACCGAAGAGCCAUACGAGGGAGAAAACGGCCUCGUCCUGAUUCUCUCGUACAUCUGCUAAAGUUUAUAGGAUGUUCGAAUGUUGCUGUGGAAAGAACAAAGUGCGCGAGUGUAUGUGAGCGAGUGAGUGAGUGAGUGCGAGUGUGUGUGCAAGUGCGAGACACCAGAUUUGUCCUGUAACGCAGGAUUUCAGACCUAGAUAGAGUGAGAGUGCGCGAGAGUGAGUGUGCGAGCGAGCGAGUGAGUGUGCGCGAGAGCGAGCGAGUGAGUGUGCGAGCGAGCGAGUGAGUGUGCGCGAGAGCGAGUGAGUGAGUGUGCGAGCGAGCCACUGAGUGUGCGAGCGAGCGAGCGAGUGAGUGUGCGAGCGAGCGAGCGAGUGAGUGUGCGAGCGAGUGAGUGUGAGAGCAAGUGCAUUCGAAGUCUGUUCCUGAACCGGACCUACAUAUUAGAGACCUAGAUACUCAGCUGUACGUUCGUGCACUCAUCAGAUCCUUUUUUUUUUUCCUCUCCUUUUGUUUUUGUUUUCUACAUGAGAUACGAUGACAUUUCUGAUGAAAGAUGGCGAAAUAAAUUACAAUAAUGAAUUCUAUUCUUCGAGAAAGCUUUCUAAAAACUCUCAUGCAGAUCCUUACACAUGAACGAGCUUUGUGGCAGGAAAAUACGACACACUUCAGUGUUUUUUGCUCGUCAUGGCAUCCGUUGAAUUUAUUUUAGAUAGUGGCCUGACUGCGCUUGCGUCUAGAAGCGAAUGGGUAUCAAGGCCCGUAAAAUGUAUAUCUAUAAAUAUACACCCACACACCCUGACCUUAAUCAUGAGCUGAACUUUAAAGAAGUGUGUACGCACGAGUAUUUUUUUUUUUAAAAGGUCCAUUUUACACAAAAUACACCAAACAAAGCUUUACACGGUUUAAUCUCUGCCAAACUCUCAUUUCUGUUAUGUCCGGUGUGCUGGAUGGAAAGAAUAGUGUUAAAUGAACAAAACUUUUCACUGAGUCAUAUCAAAUUCGUAUCGUAUUCAAGUUGAACUGGUGGUCAUGUUUCAAUACCACAUGCUAAACGCACCCUUCCUGCCUUCUAAGCCUUAAACAGUAGGCAGUAGCAUUUAAAAAUGUAAAAAAAUAAAAAAAUAAAAAAAAACCUAUGAUCACAAAGAUCAAAAAUGAAUGAGAAGCAAUAUUUUGGGGUUUAGUAGGUUAAUUUUUAUUCUUUUUUUUAAGUCUGUGAAUAGUAAUGCACUGAAGUCUGCCGAGUCUGUAACUGUACUCGGUUAUAGUGUGGUUUUUGUUUACACAAACGCUUUAAAAUCAGUCACAACUCUGUGAUUAAAUGCUAAAAUGCUGUUAAAAACAAUGUGUUACUGCUCAAAGAACAAAUUUUUCAACAUUUUGGUGCUUUAUUUGAAAUUUAUUUCCUUUAAUUGCUCUCGUUUUGAUUGGUUGGUUGCUUUUCUUUUCAAAUACAUUAUUAGUCUCUUAAAAAUUGUUUACAAUUCAUCACCGAACGGAAUUUAUUUCUCUGGUCGGUAAUUGGCUCGUAACGUCAUUGGCUUGUACUAUACUGUGGCUUUGGCGUGAUUUUGUUAUGAAGAAUGCUUGCUGGAUUAAAGGGGUCUUUUAAUGGAAACGUAAUUUGCUUACAUAUUGAAAUUUAUAUAGAAUAUUAAAUUCAUCAAGCUUCUUACCCACAUUAGACCUCUAAUUCAGUGUCUUAUUUUGAAAUCACAGGAAUGCUGAAUGUCUGAGAAAUAUCAUUUGAACAAGAAAAUAAAGAAAGUGUAUUUGGGGUUGAUAAUUGAUUGAAUUAAAAUUGUUCUUGGCUGCAAGACUGGACCUAAGUCAAAUUUGCUUUUAUAAGUUCUUGUUCAGUGAUUUCGGAAGCUGCUGGAUUAACGAUUUAGAGACUAAUUCAUUUUCAUAACAGUUCUCCGAUCACUUUGUCCUAAUAUUUGUUAGAAUGUUCAAAAUAAAGGAUUAUAACACCGUUUUCAUAA